ACGAUGCGAGCCACUUACCCCUAAUUCAACUCGAAUGCAAGUCACCCCAUCAGAUUGCAUGGACGAGCCUUCUUUCGGAGAAACCUGUCUGCUUGGGUGCGACACGGGAGGCUACGCCGUGGUUCCCCAGGACUACACUUAUACCUCGUGCCUCGGAAAUGGAGAGUGGUCACGUGACAUAAUUCAGGCACAAUGUGAAGACUUCCAAUCCCCGAUAUUCACCGUAUGUCCCUAUGACUUCACGGUUUAUGCAUCACGUGGUGCCUAUACGGCUAACGUCACUUGGUCGAUCGACGCCACAGAUAACGACGGACAACUGCCCUCGAUCAGCUGCAGUAUGCAACAAGGCAUGCUGGGAGAAGGAGACUACUCGGUCACGUGUGUCGCUGUGGAUAUUGCGGGAAAUUCCGCAAGGUGCUCCUUCGACGUAUCUGUUAAGAUUCGUCGUUGCGCUGCUCUGUCGCCCCCUGCCUUCGGAGGGUUCUCAGAACUGACCCCAUGUGACAACACGUGGGGUAGCCGCUGCGUUGUGACCUGCUCAGUGGGACAUAAUCUGGUCGGACCUGAAGAUACCACGUGCGAAUAUGACGGUGUCAGGAUGUUCUGGGAUCGCGAGUCAACGCCAUAUUGUGAUGAAUCUCAAUGUUCUGCGUUAACCCUUCCUACUGGAGUUGGUGUGUAUCCUGGGCUCUGCACCGGGACUGGAAAGCUCUACUAUGGCACAAGCUGUUCCUUCUUCUGUGGUGAUGGUUUGUCGUUAGAGGGCGAUGUCGAGCCUGUCAACUGUCUAAGUAACGGUACUUGGGAUAGGACUGUCAAUGAAAACUCGACCAUGGCUUGUGUUGACCGAGUUUCACCAACACUCCUGUAUUGCCCGGGACCCAUCACGACCACACGCACCGAGGUUUGGGGUGUUGAAGUCACGUUCGAUAUCCCCAGUGCCAGGGACAAUGUCGACGACGAUUUGGACGUUGUUACAUUUCCUGAUGACCUCUCUUCCCCGUACAACUUCACUGUCGACACGUUAUGCGUUUAUGAGUUUUUCGAUGAAAGUGGGAAUAGUGUCGCAUGCGCUUUUCAAAUUUACGUCGAGGAUAACCUGGCGCCGAUCGUCGUAUACUGUCCCGAUGAUCUAAACGUUACAGCAAGUCAACCAUUAACUGAAGUAACAUGGGACGAGCCUGAAUUCGAAGAGGUCACAGGGGAUGAGCUUAUUAUCACUUGUAACUUUGAUGACAAUACAGUUGAUUUGCCUUGGGGAGCCCAUGUUGUCAUAUACACAGCUACCAAUACUGACAAUGGAAAGGUUUCUAUUUGUCAGUUCGUUGUAGAUGUAAGACCUAUACCUUGUCUGAGGCUCGACCCACCAGGCAACGGGGCUCUUGCAUGUGACACUUGGGAAUUCGGCCGAUUCUGCAGUAUGUUUUGCAACCAAAACUACGACAUUCCGCGGCAGAGCUCUUCUGUCGAGCCACCAAACCUUUACGUGUGCGGGACAUCUGGAAUAUGGACUCCACAUGCAAAUGUUCCAGACUGCUCAGAGGUCCGCCGACCAGGACGGAGCAAUCUGCCGAACGAAUUGUUGUACUACUCAGGAACCUGCGGGGAUGACGAGACCAACCAGGAAAUUGCUGAUAACUUUUUGAUCGUCAUCGGAGACUCCCAAUUCGACGACGUGUGCGCUGACGAGCAGGAGUGUAACGCCCAAAACGUUGAAGUAACCUGUGGUCCUGUCAGCGGAGAUAUGUCCAUCCGACGCAGAGGGAUACGGGAGCGGGGUCGCCAGCGUCGCCAGCUACAACGCGUUGAAGCAACAAUUGCACGAGGUUCGACCGUCUUGAAGCGCAACGUCCAUGCCCAACAACAGUUCGAGUACUCAAUCUACUGGGAAUUCGCAGUUAACGUCAACCAGGAUCCUUCCCUCAGUAACUGGGACGCUGCGCUUGAUGCUGAAGAUCUCAUGAUCCAAAUGGUGGACGUCGUUCAGGAUAGUAUCGACGCAGGAACCUUCCCACCACCAUCAGUACCCGGUGUCGACCUUGACUUAAUCGAAGACUCAUUGGCAUAUGGGUAUUCGCAACCAGAGUGUGCGAGUGCUUACAUUGCCGAUAACAGCGACCUUCACUGCUACAUGUGCAUGCCUGGUACAUCUUCCAACACUGGGGUAGUACCAUGUUACAGAUGUGACUUUGGAUUCUAUGAAAGUGAACCGUUGAGUACGAACUGUACAUUGUGCCCAAACCAAACAACAACUCUUCAAAAAGGUUCAAACUCAUCGGACUCGUGUGUAGCCCUUUGCGAACCAGGACAUCGCUCUAAUACGGGCAUCGCUCCAUGUACUAAGUGUCCCAUCGGAAGCUUCCAGCCGUCCAAACAAAUGACAUUUUGUAUUGAAUGUCCAGCCAAUACCACCACCGUCGCAGAGGGCGCCACUCUAGGUGACCUGUGUCAAGAUAUUAAUGAAUGCAACAGUCAACCAUGUCAGAAUAACGCUACUUGCAUGGAUAAACUGGAAAGCUAUUCAUGCCUAUGCGCAUCAGGUUUUAGUGGGGAUAACUGUGAGGUAAACAUCAACGAGUGUGGAUCUUACCCCUGUCUUAACGGAGCAACCUGUAUUGAUGGCAUCAACAUCUACACUUGCCAGUGUGCCCCCGGAUAUGAAGGGUCCGGGUGCGAUCGAGACAUCAAUGAAUGUUUGCUUUCACCUUGCCAAAACAACGGUACGUGCAUCAAUUAUGAUGGCUACUACGUAUGCCUUUGUAUGGAUGGGUUUCACGGAUACGACUGCGAGCAGGAAAUCAAUGCAUGUUCACCAGAUCCAUGUUUGAACGGUGCAACUUGUGAAAUCUUCCCCGGUGACGUGUUCGGUUACAGAUGCACUUGCCCACCAGGAUACUCCAAUUUGAAUUGUUCACGAGAUAUCAACGAAUGCAGCAGUGACCCUUGUUUCAACGGAGGGUUGUGUACGGAUGAAAUCGCUCGCUAUUCUUGCGAUUGUCCGAAUGGCUACGGAGGGGAUAGAUGCGAGGUUGACAUCGAUCUCUGCGCAAACAUUACGUGUGAAAACAACGCUACGUGCGUUGACUUUGGCUCCUACUACAUCUGCUCCUGCACAUCGCGGUAUGCAGGGGACCUUUGUGAAAGGAAUAAGACCGUCUGUGAUGGCAUCCCUUGUCAGAAUGGUGGCACUUGUACAAACCUUAGUGAUAAUGAUUUUAGCUGCGAAUGUCCAACUGGCUAUGGGGGUAAGAUAUGUGAGAUCCUCAUUGAUGCCUGCUACUCUGGCCCUUGCUCAAAUGAUGCUUUGUGUAGUACUGAUGGAUUAGGCCAACCUGUUUGUGUAUGCCUACCUGGUUACGACGGUUCUUUUUGCGAGGAUGAAAUCAACGAGUGCAUGUCACAUCCCUGUGGAAAUAAUGGAACCUGCAUUGACAAGAUCGCAUCUUAUGAAUGUCAUUGUACAGAUGGAUGGGAAGGCCCAGACUGUGCAGUGAAAACAAACUUUUGCGAAGAUGACCCAUGCGAUAACGGGGGCACUUGCAUGAAUGUCGAGGACGCUUACGUCUGCGUCUGUCCCACCGGCUACAAAGGUGUUGAAUGCGAGGUGAAGGUGACCUUGUGCUCUUCUGAACCUUGUUACAAUGGAGGAAGCUGCCAGGAGAAUCUCGAUGCUUUUUACUGCUUAUGUCUUCCUGGGUUUACUGGCGAUUUCUGCGAAAUCAACAAAAAUGAAUGCGAAUCCAUGCCCUGUUUAAAUAACGGAACCUGUGUGGACGAGCUGGCCUUUUAUCGAUGUGUAUGUCCGAUGGGCUACACUGGCCUCCAAUGUGAACAGAUCAUCUACCCUUGCCUUGAUUCCCCUUGCAAUAACGGAGGAACCUGUUCACACAUGGCACCUGGUUUGUACAAGUGCUUUUGCCCUCAAGGCUUUACUGGGCUAAACUGUGAUACGGACAUUGACGAAUGCAGCAGCUUUCCUUGUUUCAAUGCCGAGGCAUGUGAGGAUGGUCCGAAUGGUUACUCGUGUAUCUGCAAGACUGGUUUCGGUGGGACCCAUUGUGAGCUGGAUAUUGACGAAUGCUCAUCCGCACCAUGUCAAAACAAUGCUACUUGUGUUAAUCUCCCUGGUAACUUCUCGUGUGAUUGCCUACCGGGCUAUGACGGGGUCUAUUGCGAGAAUGAUAUAGAUGAAUGCAUGCAACAACCCUGUUUAAAUGGAGCGACUUGUGUGGAUGAAUUGAAUUCCUUCAACUGCAUCUGCGCACCAGGGUUCAUCGGGACUACGUGUCAGGUGGUAGAGGCUCCCCAGUGCUACCCGACAAAUCCAUGCCAAAAUGGCGCCACCUGCACAGGAAGCGACGACGGUGCAGGUUACGUGUGUAGCUGUUUGGCGGGAUUUACCGGAACCCUUUGCGAAGAGAACAUCGAUGAAUGCAUUGGAAAUCUUUGUACAAAUGGUGCCACUUGUAUCGACAAGGUGAAUGGAUAUGUCUGUCGUUGUCAACCUGGUUAUGAGGGAGAUCUUUGCGAUGUGAAUUCUGACGACUGUUCGCCAAAUCAGUGUGAAAAUAAUGCUGCUUGUCUUGAUCUUCUAAAUGGUUUUAUCUGCAAUUGUACCAAAGGUUUCGAAGGUACACUAUGUCAGACCGACGUGAAUGAGUGUGAGUCCACACCUUGUCUGCAUGGAGGAACUUGUAUGGAUGAAGAAGGAUUUUUCUCUUGUAAUUGUGAAUCCGGUUACAGUGGAGAUAUGUGCGAGAUCAACAUUGACGAUUGUGCAGGCGAUCAUUGUUACAAUGGUGCUAAUUGCUUGGAUGGACUGGAUAGUUAUACCUGCUCGUGCCCCCCUGGAUUUACUGGGGAGCUGUGUGAAAAUGUUCUCCCAUCCAACUAUGAUUUCAUCUUUGUGGCGAGUAAUCCUCUCCUCGUCCGGGAGGAAAUUUUCUCCCAGGGUCCACCAACCGUACUGAGCCUAUCGCUGUGGAUACGCACCGUCUCAUCGCCACCGUCUUUCCGCCUCCUCCGUCUUGAGGACAAAACAACCUCAAAUAUUAUAUCAAUUGAAAAUCCAUGCUCUUUAAGAGUAACCAUAAACAGCCAAAUCAAAGACACCAAUCUGGAUCUUUGCGAUUAUGAGUGGUACCAUAUCUUUUUUACCUGGGACGUACAAACUACUGGACAAUGGGAGUUGAGAGUAAAUAACAGUCUUUUAGAAAGUGGAAGCAAUGUGGCCUCUUUGUCGCUUGAGGAUGUUCUGUCCAUAGGAGCACCUCAGAUGGAUGUUGGUGAUCUGGUUUUCUUGAGUAGCUACAAUCUUUGGAGUUUGGAAUUGAACGAAGAAUCUCGAUCUGAACUUUCUUCAUCAUGUCUCUCCGGGCUAUUUGGAAACCUAAUUUCUUGGACCGAGUUGGUGGUGGAAGUUACCGAAUCAAAUCAGCUGCUGACAGCAUCCCCAUCACUUUGUGAUUCCUUCGAUGAAUGUCUUAGCAACCCUUGCCAGUAUGAAGGCACAUGUACGAAUCUUCCCAAUAUGUUUACCUGUACGUGCAAGGAUGGCUUCACUGGGCUGUACUGCGAGGGAUUUGUUGACAUUUGUGAGGAGAACCAUUGCCAAAAUGGUGGGACAUGCGCCACCGUUGAAGGGCAAUUAAUCUGUACAUGUUUGGAAGGAUUUUCGGGAGACCACUGCGAGUUUGAAAUAGUCGAUGGAGGCUGGAGUGGAUGGAGCCCAUGGACUGAGUGUCCCGUCACUUGCGGGGGUGAUGUUCAUUACCGCUAUCGGGAAUGCAAUAACCCAGAACCACAAAAUGGCGGUCUUCCUUGCUCGGGAGAAGAGGUCGAAGAACAACCAUGUAACACUCAAGAAUGCCCUGGUUGUGUCGAGCUGAGACGUCCUCUUAACGGAUACUUAUACUGCGAGGAAACUCCGACUCUCAUCAUCUGCACGAUGGAAUGCCGAGAGGGGUACGAGCCCGAGAAUUCAAAGUACGAGAGGGAUGAGUACUUCUGCGGAGAAGAGACAAACUACAGGUGGAACCAUCAGACACCGCUGAAUCCAUAUGCCCGACUCCCGAGCUGUGUUGAGGUCCAGCGGGCAACGGAAGCAAAUGGUUUUUCUAGCGUUGAUUACCCUACUUCUAUUUGCCAAUCUCUGGAAGAGAAGCAAGCCAUUGAAAACGCCUUUACCAAUCUUCUUCUAACUUAUGGGCAGGAGUUUCAAUGCCUGACCAUGGGUACUUGUCAAAUUGAAAGCAUCGAGGCACUAAAUUGCGAAUCAGUGACAGUGAAUGCUGUAGGAAGACGUCGAAAGAGGGCAGCAGACAGCGGAGUUACCGUCAUGGUAACCACGUUACAGAAUCUAACAUAUGGAGAUGAGCCAGGGUCACAGCCUCUUGAUUACUUCUUGGAAGCCUUUGAGAAGCUGGUCCUAGAUGAUUCUCUCGUCCUAACUGUCGAUGAUCAGGUCCUGGAACCAAACAAGAGUUCCCUCUCCAACGAGGCUUUCCAAAAGUGCCCGCCUGGAUACCUGACGGCAUUGGACUUCGGGUAUUGCGUACCGUGUGGACCGGGAACAUAUGAGGCAUUGUUACCAACUGAGAUCGACCGUGAGUGCAAUCCAUGCCCAGUUGACACAUAUCAAGAUGGCUAUGCGCAGACAGAAUGUAUCCAUUGUCCAAAUGGCACCGUCACUGCAGAACCUUAUUCAUCCAAUAUAUCGGAUUGCUUUGUUCCAGAGGUAGUACCCCCUGUAACAUCAGUACCAGGCUUGGAAAAGAGUACUAAGAUAAUUAUAUCGGUGACUACCGUCACAGCAGCACUUCUUGUGGUUGUUGCCAUUUUGAUCUGGUAUUUCUUCUACUAUAGACCAAGAGCAAAGGUUUCUAGUGAUGCCAACGACUCGCAGCCAAGUGAGUCAUACAACCUUCAGGUGCGUGGAAAGACUACCCCAGCAACUGACCCCAACCAGGGUUUAAAGGGGUCUCUUUCCACCGUGAACCCUGGACCUUCUCCUUCACGAGACUCCCCUACCGGUGGACCUCGGCCAAAGUCCGCCUUUGACGUCCACGCGCCGCUGGAGGAAUACAACCCCGGUGCCGGUGGAGGAGAUCGUACCGACCUGGGGACGACACCUGGGUACCCGACUCCUAGAUCAUCAUCACCAAGGCCAGAGUCAUCGGCUGCAUCAAGGAAUGAUGAAAAACAACCUUCCAUGUUUAUCGAUCCCAAGAUCCUUGAGGACGAAGUCGCUUGAUAAGAAAUAGACUGAUUCAAAUUUUCGGGAACAACUUUCCAAUAGGGCAGUCACAAUUGGUCAAGCGUUGGUUUCUGAUUAGUUAAAUUAUAUUUUAUGCACUAUCACGAGUAACAGCCGAUAUAAGUGGCACUACCAACUUGAUGUGAAAUUACUUGUAGAAAGUUAGUUGUUAUCGAACAUUUAAAUCUGUUGAAAAUAUUAUCCGUCCAAAUGUAACGAUCCAAAGUUCCUCAAAUGCAAAAUGCUUCAUAAAUGAAAUAGAUCCGGAGAAAGUUAAUUGAUUUUGUUGACUAAUUUUGAAUGUGAAAUACAGUUUCAUGUAAAUGUAAUUGACAGUGAGAUUUGGUGUAGUGUUCAUGGGCGAUAUUCAGGUCCUUUCGAAGGUCUUGUUUAUCUGUAAUGACAUUUCCAAGUAUUAAACUUUUUCAAAAGCCUUUCCAAAAGAUGGAUGCUUAGCUUCUGCAAUCGACAUUAUUAUUUUCAGUAGUUUAUAAGGUAGUCAUGGAGUGGUAUCAUUGUUAUUUAUAUAGCCGAUUUGUAGUAAAACCUAGCUAAAGCAAUUUGUAUGUGUUUAUGUAUGUUAUUGGCACGAAUAUUCAUCUCUGGGUAAAGACAUGCAAGAUUCAUUUUCUGAAUUUGUUGGAAACCCGAAACUGCAUUAACCAUGGUAAUAUCAUAGGAGGGGGGGGGGGGUCUUAAUCACCUUCAGUGGUAUUUCUUUUCUGCACCUUUAUCCCUUUGUUUCUCUUCAUGUUUUGUUUUACAUUUCUUUAUUUGCACCCCUCUCCCGUCUUUUGCGCCCCCUGAAAGUGAAGCCCGGGGCAAGUGCCCCCUCCCCCCCUCCCCCCGCUAGAUCCAACACUGAUAACAAGCAUGUCUUCUAAGCUUUUUUUUUCAUUUGUCUUCUCUCUUUUUAGCAUAGCAUACAUGUACACCAAUUAUUCAUACUUUUAGAAAAAUAAAAAAUGUUUAAUUCUUUGUUUUAAGAAAUUAUGAAUUCAUGAGUUUUCUUGCAUUUGAUUUAUAUUGAUAUUACCCAUAUACAACGGUUAUCUAAUUUUUUGUUGAUUUUUUGUCUUCCUUGAUAUGUAUUUCUGUAUAUAUGUUGAAAAUUGAUAAUAAAAUACACUAAUUCCAAUUUAAA